GGCCAGUAGUUCGGUUCAGUUUAAUUAGUUUCUCAAAUGUCGAUCCCACUUUACUCAAAACGCAACACAGUCUAACUUUAUUUCAAAAUGUAUUUGUUUUAUUUCGCUAUUAGACGAGCGCAUUAUAAAUGGUAUACGGCAAACACGACAUCAAGAAUCCGUAUUGUUGCUACCGGAAUUUUUACAUUCGGCGUAAUAAUUUUUACCUGUAUUCAGUGCAGUGCAUUAUUUAGGCAGUCUCAGGAAAAUAAAGCGAUAAAAGAUAUAUUCAUAAAAGAUGAAGAUCCGGAUGAGGGAAAUCCUGCCAAGAUGCGACUUAAGAUCAAGGAGAUGAUGCUGCACGCGUGGCGAAAUUACGCCCUCGUCGUGUGGGGCACCAACGAAUUCCGUCCGAUUUCGCGUAGGGUCCAUGCGGGCAGUGAUUUCGGAACGUAUAAGCUCGGUGCUUCUAUAGUGGAAAGCUUGGACACGCUGCAUGUAAUGGGUCUGGUGAAAGAAGUAAAGCGUUCACGGGAUUGGAUCGAAAAGUCAUUCAGUUUGGAUCGUGUCGACGAAGCGUUGUCCGUUUUUGAACUAACGUCCAGACUGCUGGCACCCAUGCUAACACUCUACUCCCUCACUGGUGAUCUCCUUUACAAGGACAAGGCUAUCCAUAUUGCCGAUAAGAUCGUUCCUGCCUUCGACACUGCCACUGGAAUUCCCAGAAGACUCGUUGUUCCAAAGCAGGGCAGCACCCUCACAAGGUAUCUCGAUGACGUGUCUCGUGUUUCGGAAUUCGGAGCUCUUCACUUGGAGUUCUUCUACCUCAGCGAAAUCACUGGCUCUUCAGUUUACAAGGAUCGAGUGGAGGGAAUUCGGCAGAGGUUGGCCACUGUUAAUAAACCCAAUGGCCUCUAUCCCAAUGCCUUUUGCACAAAAUAUGGAAAAUGGGAAAACCACAACUGCUCAAUGAACCGAUUUUAUGAUUGCCUGCUAAAGUCAUACAUGCAAUCGGGUAAAGCUGAUCUUCAGAGUUCAGAUUUAUUCAAAGAUGCUCUGCUGGCUGUAGUGCAAAAUUUGGUUGUCAUAAGUCCCAAAGACAUAACUUAUGUAUCGGAUAUGAGUAAUAGUAUUUUGACCCAUCGGAUGAAACAGUCAGAUUGUUUUGCUGGUGCCCUAUUCGUCCUAGGAGCAGCAGCAACACUAAUGAAGCACUGGGAAAAGUAUGCCCAGAUUGGAGUUGGCAUAGUGGAUACGUGCCACGACAGGUUUUGGGAAUCAUCUACCCGUUUGGGUCCGGAAGUCUUUGCCUUCACGGAAGAAGCCCAGAAGAAUAUAGAGCCCCUUCAAAGGAACUUCUAUAUGCUACGGCCGGAAGUGGUCGAGAGCUACUUGGUUCUCUGGCGACUAACCCAUGAUCCCAAGUAUCGCAUUUGGGGCCGAGAGAUUGUGAUGGCUAUAGAGCAAUACUGCCGUACACCGAAUGGAUUUACUGGUAUUAUGGAUGUUAAUAACCGAUCGGCAGAACCGGAUGAUGUGCAAAGGACCUUCUUCUUGGGCGCUACCCUUAAAUAUUUAUUUCUGCUAUUCUCCGAUGAUGAUGUUAUUCCGCUGGAAGAGUGGGUUUUCAACAGUGCUGGACAUUUCCUUCCCAUUAAAGGUGCAAAUUCGAAGUAUCGUCAAUAUAACUUAACAAAUUAAAUAAUUGACUU